GGGACCGGGCGGGGGGCUCCCGCAGGAGGGCUGUUGGCCCGCCGCUGUGCUGCUGAACAGUAUGCAGUCCUUUCGGGAGCAAAGCAGUUACCACGGAAACCAGCAGAGCUACCCACAGGAGGUACACAGCUCAUCCCGGCUAGAAGAGUUCAGCCCUCGCCAGGCCCAGAUGUUCCAGAAUUUUGGGGGUGCAGGUGGCAGUAGUGGUGGCACUGGCAGCAGCAGUGGUGGCGGGCGGCGAGGGACAGCAGCGGCGACAGCGGCGAUGGCUAGUGAGACCUCUGGCCAUCAAGGCUACCAGGGUUUCAGAAAAGAGGCUGGAGACUUCUACUACAUGGCAGGCAACAAAGACCCCGUGGCGACAGGUACCCCCCAGCCUCCUCAGCGAAGGCCUUCUGGGCCUGUGCAGAGCUAUGGACCCCCCCAGGGGAGCAGCUUUGGCAAUCAGUAUGGGAGUGAGGGUCAUGUGGGCCAGUUUCAAGCACAGCAUUCUGGCCUUGGUGGUGUGUCUCAUUAUCAGCAGGACUACACGGGGCCUUUCUCUCCAGGGAGUGCUCAGUACCAGCAGCAGGCAUCUAGCCAGCAGCAGCAGCAGCAAGUCCAGCAGCUGAGACAACAGCUUUACCAAUCCCAUCAGCCUCUGCCACAAGCCACUGGCCAGCCAGCGUCAGGCUCAUCCCAUCUGCAGCCGAUGCAGAGACCCUCAACUCUGCCAUCCUCUGCCACUGGUUACCAGUUACGAGUGGGUCAGUUCGGCCAGCACUACCAGUCUUCUGCUGCCUCCUCCUCCUCCUCCUCCUUCCCAUCACCACAGCGUUUCAGCCAGUCUGGGCAGAGCUAUGAUGGCAGUUACAGUGUGAAUGCUGGAUCCCAGUAUGAAGGGCAUAAUGUGGGUUCUAACGCACAGGCUUAUGGAACGCAAUCAAAUUACAGCUAUCAGCCUCAAUCUAUGAAAAAUUUUGAACAAGCAAAGAUUCCACAAGGGACCCAGCAGGGGCAGCAGCAGCAGCAGCAGCAGCCUCAGCAGCAGCCGCAGCAGCAGCCACAGCAGCAGCACGCCCCACAGCAUGUGAUGCAGUAUACCAACGCUGCCACCAAGCUGCCCCUGCAGAGCCAGGUGGGGCAGUACAACCAGCCCGAGGUUCCUGUGCGGUCCCCCAUGCAGUUUCACCAGAACUUCAGCCCCAUUUCUAACCCUUCCCCAGCCGCCUCUGUGGUUCAGUCUCCAAGCUGUAGCUCUACCCCAUCUCCUCUUAUGCAGAGUGGGGAGACUCUCCAGUGUGGGCAAGGCAGUGUGCCCAUGGGUUCCAGAAACAGAAUCUUACAGUUAAUGCCUCAGCUCAGCCCAACCCCAUCGAUGAUGCCCAGUCCUAAUUCUCAUGCUGCCGGCUUCAAAGGGUUUGGACUAGAAGGAGUGCCAGAAAAGCGACUGACGGACCCUGGGUUGAGUAGUUUGAGUGCCCUGAGUACUCAAGUGGCCAAUCUUCCUAAUACUGUUCAGCACAUGCUACUUUCUGAUGCCCUGACGCCUCAGAAGAAGACCUCUAAGAGGCCCUCCUCCUCUUCUAAGAAAGCAGACAGCUGCACAAACUCGGAAGGCUCCUCCCAGCCUGAAGAACAGCUGAAGUCCCCUAUGGCAGAGUCGCUGGAUGGAGGCUGCUCCAGCAGUUCUGAGGAUCAAGGUGAGAGAGUGAGGCAGCUGAGUGGCCAGAGCACCAGCUCCGAUACUACCUACAAGGGUGGAGCCUCAGAGAAAGCCAGCUCCUCCCCAGCACAAGGCGCUCAGAACGAAGCCCCCAGACUCAGUGCCAGUCCUGCAGCCAGAGAAGAGGCAGCCUCACCAGGUGCUAAGGACACGCCAUCGUCAUCCGAGGGUAACCCAAAAGUCAAUGAGAAGACCGUUGGAGUGAUUGUCUCCCGGGAAGCCAUGACGACUCGGGCAGAAAAGCCUGGUGGACAAGAUAAAGGCUCCCAAGAGGAUGAUCCCACAGCCACACAAAGGCCACCCAGCACUGGCGGGGCCAAGGAAACCAGUCAUGCAUCACUUCCACAGCCAGAGCCUCCGGGAGGAGGGGGCAAAGGAAACAAGAGUGGAGAUAACUCCAGCCACAAUGGAGAGGGCAAUGGCCAGAGCGGCCACCCUGCAGUCGGCCCUGGUUUCAUAGGCAGAACUGAGCCUAGCAAGUCUCCCGGAAGCCUGCGCUAUAGUUAUAAAGACAGCUUUGGGUCGGCCAUGCCAAGAAGUGUCGGUGGCUUUCCUCAGUAUCCUACAGGACAAGAUAAAGGGGAUUUCACUGGCCAUGGGGAGCGAAAGGGUAGAAAUGAGAAGUUCCCCAGCCUCUUGCAGGAGGUGCUUCAGGGUUACCACCACCACCCUGAUAGGAGAUACUCUAGGAGUACUCAGGAGCAUCAGGGCAUGGCUGGUGGCCUAGAAGGAACCACAAGGCCUAAUGUCUUAAUUAGUCAAACCAAUGAAUUAGCUAGCAGGGGCCUUUUGAACAAAAGCAUUGGGUCUCUAUUAGAAAACCCCCACUGGGGCCCCUGGGAGAGAAAAUCAGGCAGCACAGCUCCAGAAAUGAAACAGAUCAAUUUGGCUGACUAUCCAAUUCCCAGAAAGUUUGAAAUAGAGCCUCAGUCAUCAGCCCAUGAGCCCGGGGGUUCCCUCUCUGAAAGAAGAUCAGUGAUCUGUGACAUUUCUCCACUAAGACAGAUUGUCAGGGACCCAGGGGCUCACUCGCUGGGACACAUGGGUGCCGAUACCAGACUUGGGAGGAAUGAACGUCUCAACCCAAGUUUAAGUCAGUCGGUCAUUCUUCCAGGUGGUUUGGUGUCCAUGGAAACAAAGCUGAAAUCCCAGAGUGGGCAGAUAAAAGAGGAAGACUUUGAACAAUCCAAAUCCCAAGCUAGUUUCAACAACAAGAAAUCUGGAGAUCACUGCCAUCCUGCCAGCAUCAAGCAUGAGUCUUACCGAGGCAAUGCCAGCCCUGGAGCCGCUGCCCAUGACUCCAUCUCAGACUAUGGCCCACAAGACAGCAGACCCACGCCCAUGCGGCGGGUCCCUGGCAGAGUGGGUGGUCGGGAGGGCAUGAGGGGUCGGUCCCCUUCUCAGUAUCAUGACUUUUCAGAAAAAUUGAAGAUGUCUCCUGGGAGGAGCAGGGGCCCAGGCGGAGACCCUCAUCACAUGAACCCACACAUGACCUUUUCAGAGAGGGCCAACAGGAGUUCAUUACAUGCUCCCUUUUCUCCCAACUCAGAAAGCCUGGCCUCUGCAUAUCACACAAAUACGCGGGCUCAUGCUUAUGGGGACCCCAAUGCAGGUUUGAAUUCUCAGCUCCAUUACAAGAGACAGAUGUACCAACAGCAACAAGAGGAAUAUAAAGACUGGAGCAGUAGCUCUGCUCAGGGCGUGAUCGCCGCAGCCCAGCAUAGGCAGGAGGGGGCCCGGAAGAGCCCAAGGCAGCAGCAGUUCCUGGACAGAGUGCGGAGCCCUCUGAAAAAUGACAAAGAUGGGAUGAUGUAUGGCCCACCGAUGGGGACCUACCAUGACCCCAGUGGUCAGGAAGGUGGGCGUUGCCUCAUGUCUGGUGACAGUCUGACUAACAAAGGCAUCGAAUUGAAGCACGGCUCCCAGAAGUUACAACAAGAAUCUUGUUGGGAUCUUUCUCGGCAGACUUCUCCAGCCAAAAGUGGCUGCCCUCCAGGAAUGUCCAGUCAAAAAAGAUAUGGACCGCCCCACGAGACCGACGGCCAUGGACUGACUGAGUCUGCACAGCCAUCCAAACCUGGCAAUGUCAUGCUGAGACUUCCAGGUCAAGAGGAUCAUUCUUCUCAAAACCCCCUGAUCAUGAGGAGGCGCGUCCGUUCUUUUAUUUCUCCCAUUCCCAGUAAGAGACAGUCACAAGACGCGAAGAACAGUAACACUGAAGAUAAAGGACGCCUCCUUCACCCAUCAAAAGAAGGUGCUGAUAAAGCGUUCAAUUCCUAUGCCCAUCUUUCUCACAGUCAGGACUUCAAGUCCAUCCCUAAGAGGGAAUCUGCCAAGGACCUUCCAAGUUCAGACAGUAGAAACUGCCCUGCUGUUACCCUCACAAGUCCUGCUAAGACCAAAAUACUGCCCCCACGCAAAGGACGGGGACUGAAGUUGGAAGCUAUCGUUCAGAAGAUCACAUCCCCAAAUAUUAGGAGGAGUGCAUCCUCGAACAGUGCGGAGGCUGGGGGAGACACUGUCACUCUGGAUGACAUACUGUCUUUGAAGAGUGGUCCUCCCGAAGGUGGGAGUGUUGCUGCUCAGGAAGCUGAGCUGGAGAAGAGAAAAGGUGAGGUGGUGUCUGACCUAGCCUGUCCAACAAACCAGGAGCUGAACGUAGAAAAGCCUCUUGCAAGGUCUUCAGAGGAGUGGCGUGGCAGUGGGGAUGACAAAGUGAAGGCUGAGACACACCCAGACACUGUCACUGCUGGAAAGGAACCCCCUGGUGCCAUGACAUCCGCAACCUCACAGAAACCUGGGAGUAACCAAGGGAGACCAGAUGGUUCCCUGGGCGGGGCAGCACCUUUAAUCUUUCCUGACUCAAAGAAUGUACCUGCAGCGGGCGGACUGGCUCCUGAGGCAAACCCGAAGGCUGAAGAGAAAGAGACCGAUACAGUGACGAUUUCCCCCAAACAAGAGGGUUUCCCCCCAAAGGGAUAUUUCCCUUCCGGAAAGAAGAAGGGGAGACCCAUUGGUAGUGUGAAUAAGCAAAAGAAACAGCAGCAGCCACCACCUCCACCCCCCCAACCUCCCCAGAUACCAGAAGGUUCUGCAGAUGGAGAACCAAAGCCAAAAAAGCAGAGGCAAAGGAGAGAGAGGAGGAAGCCUGGGGCGCAGCCAAGGAAGCGUAAAACCAAACAAGCAGUUCCCAUUGUAGAACCCCAAGAACCUGAGAUCAAACUCAAGUAUGCCACCCAGCCACUGGAUAAAAGUGAUGCCAAGAACAAGUCUUUUUUCCCUUAUAUUCAUGUAGUGAAUAAGUGUGAACUUGGAGCCGUUUGUACAAUCAUCAAUGCUGAAGAAGAAGAGCAGACCAAAUUGGUGAGGGGUCGGAAGGGGCAGAGGUCUCUGACCCCACCACCCAGCAGCACUGAGAGCAAGGCGCUCCCAGCCUCGUCCUUUAUGCUGCAGGGACCUGUGGUAACGGAGUCUUCUGUUAUGGGGCACCUGGUUUGCUGUCUGUGCGGCAAGUGGGCCAGUUACCGGAACAUGGGUGACCUCUUUGGACCCUUUUAUCCCCAAGAUUAUGCAGCCACUCUCCCGAAAAACCCACCUCCUAAGCGGGCCACGGAAAUGCAGAGCAAAGUUAAGGUACGGCACAAAAGCGCUUCCAACGGCUCCAAGACGGACACUGAGGAGGAGGAGGAGCAGCAGCAGCAGAAGGAGCAGAGGAGCCUGGCCGCUCACCCCAGGUUUAAGCGGCGACACCGCUCAGAAGACUGUGGUGGAGGCCCUCGGUCCCUGGCCCGGGGACUCCCCUGUAAAAAAGCAACCACGGAGGGCAGCAGCGAAAAGACUGUUUUGGACUCAAAACCCUCUGUGCCCACCACUUCAGAAGGUGUCCCUGAGCUGGAGUUACAAAUCCCUGAACUACCUCUUGACAGCAAUGAAUUUUGGGUCCAUGAGGGUUGUAUUCUCUGGGCCAAUGGAAUCUACCUGGUCUGUGGCAGGCUCUAUGGCCUGCAGGAAGCGCUGGAAAUAGCCAGAGAGAUGAAAUGUUCCCACUGCCAGGAGGCAGGCGCCACCUUGGGCUGCUACAACAAAGGCUGCUCCUUCCGCUACCAUUACCCGUGUGCCAUUGAUGCAGCCCACUGCCCAGACCUUUCAGAGCUAUUGAUGCCUCGGGGGAAGUUUGAUUGCUGGGGCCAACAUCUCCGUGGAAACCGAAUCUGUGCCCUGCAGCUCCAUGGCUCCUGCAGCUUCCCGCCCCAUACAUUUGUGACAUCGUGGUUAGCUGUUUUGUGUGGCUGUUAUGUCACUGGCACCAGAUUUGGCUCCAGGUGGGAAAUUCAGUAAGAAGAACAUGAGUACUGGUUUUGAAAAAACAAAGAUUUAAUGUAUUUAAUGCAAUGAGCCACACCAAUUAAGGCCAAAGGAAAAAAGCGCUGUGCCGGCUCAUUAAUAAUUCCACCGAGCAUAAAGAACCUUCCCUGGAGGGGACUCUCCUCCAUCCUCCAACCCUCACGAAGACGCACAGCUGGGAAGGUCACUGCAGCCCCAACGCUGCUCUCUCUGCUUGCAGACUGGGAUCUUGCAGCCAGGGUUCAGCCCUGCGUGUCCGCCCCUCCCUGGAGAGAUCACUCAGCAUCACAGAGAGCGGUUCUGGGGCCUUCCUUGCUCCUGCCUGUUACUCCCCUCAGUAAGGCAGGGUGAGGCCGAUGGUCCCAGCCUGGAUUCUGUCCAGAUACGAACUAACGGUAGCUCUGAGGUCAGUUGUAGCUGAGCUGGAGACAGUG